AUGAUAGGUUCGAGUUGUGGGGAUUCGUCUCUUGUUAAUCGUGGAUGUGACGAUGUUACUUCUGUUGGUAGUGGAAAUGUGUCCUCGAGUCGGAAUGAAGAAUCUGUUACAAGUUACUCAGAUGUUGGUGAAAGAUUGUAUCUUCCUGUUAAUGUUCCUGAUGUUUCAAAGCCAAAUAUUAAUCAAUCUUUUCAGAGUUUGGAUCAGGCUUUUGUAUUCUACAAAGAGUAUGGUCGUUUAAGUGGUUUUGAUGUGAGGAAGGGAACUGAAAAAAAGGAUGCAUUUGGUACUAUUACUAUCAAACAUUAUACCUGCAGUAAAGAAGGUUCCAAUGAGUUUCGUAGUAUUGCGGACAUGCAUAAUCACCCCUUGGUUGAUGAAUCUGGAAGGCAGUUUUUGCGAUCUAGUCGUGAAAUGACUAUUAGUUCUAGGAAUUUUGUGUUUGAUGCUGCAAAAGUUAAAAUUUGUUGUAGUAAAGCCUAUGGAUUGAUGAAAGAAAUGGUUGGUGGUUAUUCGAAUGUUGGAGCUACAUUGAGGGAUUUUAGGAACUUUAAUCGGGAUUUGAAAGAGUACGAGAGCUCGAGUUCUUUCUAUUAUGCAUAUGAUCUUGAUGAAGCAGGGCGUUUGACUAAGCUUUUUUGGGCUGAUGCAGUUUCUCGGAGGAAUUUCGAGGUUUAUGGUGAUGCCGUCUCAUUUGAUGCGACAUUUGACACAAAUAAGUAUAACAUGAUUUUUGCCCCUUUACUAGGGUCGAUAAACAUGAAAAAUGCAUAA